AUGACAGAAAAUUAUGAUUUAAAUUCUCAAUCUUUAUAUAAUAAUUCAAAUAUUAAUAUUUUAUAUAAUGAAAAAUCAGUUGUUAAUACUACUGAUUUUAUUCAUCAAUCUCAUAAGCAAAUACCCAUAAUAUAUCAUUUUUUAGUCAACACAUUUAUAUUAAUUUAUAAUAAAUAA